AUGUCAACUUCUCACGACCGAAUUUCACUCGCGCGUCAUAAUUAUCCUCAGUCACCCUUCAACCGCGCGCGCGAACCCAACUACGAAUUCGAUCUAGAUACUUCCAACUUCCCCACCCCCUCGAAGCAAAAUGGAUCACGCCCUCGACAGAAUUACCGAACAAGCACAUUAGCCGGAGCAUAUCGAGCCGCGUCGGGUUCGUCGAUGGAGGAAGGCGCGCUAGGCUCGUUCACGAGUCCUCGGCGGACGCGGCAACCAGUCGACGCGCUUUCACCCUAUUCCGACAGAUCGAAUCCCCCGGAAGAGCUCGUGGAUGCAUACCGAAGAAUUGAGGAAGAUGGGUCGCUAGCAGAAUAUGUGGCCUCAGAUGGAUGGGAAGCACCGCUGACAAGUCGCUCCCCAUCUCAAACAAGGGAUCGUGACUACGGAGUCGCUCGUCAUGGACUCGCAAUUUCAGAGCCGAGUCUAUUCAGCGAUACUGGACGACCUUCUCCGCGCCGGAGGACUACCGAUUACACCAAAGAUGAGCAGCGCCUCAGACGCGUGACCGGCAAGGAUUCUCCCGUGUUUAGCAAGGCCAAGGUUGGCGCACGACCGCAAUUGACGGCGGAUAAUCUGCAACGGCGCGAGGAGGAAGAAUACCAGAGCCAGAUUUUAUCGGAGGAAGAAGACAACGGGCACGGCCCUUCACUGAAUCUACCAGCUGCCUGGGGAACUCGAGCCACACGUCGACCGGAGUGGCUUCGGAAAGUCAGCCAGCGGAGUGUUUCAGAUCCAGAACUACCAGAAGAGAGGCCAGAAGAGAGGCCGGAGGAGAGGGUGGAAGAAGAAAUUCCAAAUAACCGAGUCAUCGAAUCGGUAUCGAAGACCAGAUCAGAGGACUACCCGGUCUCCAAACCUCGCCUCUCUGCCCGUUCGCUGGAGCGGAGCCGUAGCACGAGUCGAAAUGCCCUGGAGGAGCGCACAACCAACCCGCAUGUGCAAGACGUGCAGCAGUCUCACGAGAAGCCGAAAGAAAAUACGUUUGACAAGGACCACGAUGUGCCAGGUCAAGGCGAUCCUAUUCCGAACACACCUAUCGUGGUUUACAAAAGCUCAACCUUUACAAAACCAAGUCCGACAAAGCGAGAUUCCCAGGAAUUGCUUCGUCGAUUAUCCAGAACCGAAAGCCCAAAACUGGAUCAAAUGCAGACCCCAGAUCCACCAAAGCUUUUCCAGUCACGCAUCUAUGACAAAACGCCUCGAGUCACAGGUGCAUGGAUCGAUACUCCUAUGACGGAGAAAGUGGCCCCGAUCCCGAGCGAUCUGGUCAAGGAUAUCGUUCCUCCCGCGGCACCAAAGCAAACUGAACCCCCAGUUGAGAAAAGCAAACCUCCAGUGGUAGACUCAGCCCCAGCUCAACCAAAAAAUGCAAAGAAGGAAACGAACAUCACAAAGGAGUCUCCCAAGGAGGAACCAAACCCAAUGAAAGAGUCGAAACCAACCAAACAGUUAAGACCUCAGGUCCUUCGCCCUAAGCUGCCAAAGAGUGGACUUGAGACAGUCAUUGAGGAUGUCAACUCUGGAAAGGAGACACUUGAUCUAGGGGAUGAUACAAUCGAGUCUCUUCAGGCGAUUAUGGAGGAUCCAAUGGAAUUGAAAACGGAAGAAGAGGAAGAGGCAGCUUAUGAGAAGGAAGUGCUUGAAAAACUAGCAAUCGCUAGAUCGAAUGGACAAAACUCUGUCGAUCUGGACCGGCUAAAUGACAAAUUGGCAUCCCUCGCAAAAAACAUCAACGAGGUAAAGAAAGGCCUCAACAACCUGGAAGAACACGUCAGUCGUGAGGGCACACGCGCGUCGCGACCAAGCACUCCCAUCAAAGCCACCCAACCAACACCCAAUACUCACGAUAAUGUCUCGGAUUCUGACGGCCGUAUUUAUGCUGCAAUCCCGCUUCCUCAGUUAUGGGUACGAGACCCAGUUAUCCGCCGCCGCCAGCUCACUAAACUUGGCUGGGUCACGCUGGUAUCACUGUCAUGGUAUGUCAUCGAGUGCAUGAUGGUUGAGCAGUACUCCCACCCGCUCAUGGCCGACAUUUGUGAUGGUUAUUGCCUCCAGCCCGAUGCACCCGAAUUCCCAUGGGUGACUGUGACGAUGAUGUGGCGCUGGUCUCAUCUGUCGACCAUCCUCAUGCCUAUCUUCACCGUGGUGCUGGCCAUGUUUCGUCUGGUAGCGCAGCUGCUCGGGCUGUGGGAUGGCUAUGUGGAUGAGCCGGCACGUCUGGGCAAUCUCAUGGGUGAGAUCCGUAUCAAUGGUACUCCAGUCUCAUUCCCAUGGUUGUCAUCUCCCUCUGCGCAGGGCAUCCCUGCUCCUCCGCCUCCGCCUCCGCCUCCGCAACAGCCCGUAUGGACGCCGACCCCGCAAUAUGAGGCCCCUAUCAAAUGGGGGGACGAUGAUCAGCCCUCAAUUGAUGAUGAUGAAUAUCUUUAG